AAGCUCCGAGUCAACUGUGAACACAGUCCUCUUUCUGGCAAUGUGUCAAAGUUUCAAAUCGAUUCCAAAUUAAAGUCCUCAAACAUUGAUGGUGCUCUCUGUCCAUUGUCGGUGCCUUAAUACGGGACUUACUUUUCAGAUCCACCCUUGAGAGGAGAAAAUCUGGAGCCCCAAAGUAUAAAGUCUCAGUUGUUGUUUCAGCCAUCAAAUGUUAAAUUCACCAAAAGACUCUUUGGAAAGAAAUUGCGUUUAAAUAGACGCAACAAAAUUGCCAGCAAGUUGGCCUUGCUGUGACGGUGGCUAUAAACCGCUGAUUGACAUGACAUUCGAAGAAUUUUUGUGACGGCAAGUUAGAUAUGAUUGACAGAAAUGUCUGGAAAAUUUGGGACAGUGAUAGAUGAACUGCAACAUUGCGAGAAUCGGUCAUUUUCUCUCCUGAGACAGCAUUUUUCCUACGUAUGAUCUUUUCUACGUGUAUUUAUAAAACACGCAUUUUACACAGAAAAGACCUUAAAAUAUAUAUAUAUAUUUUAAAUAGAGGAAGACACUUAAUCACAAUAUCAACAUUAUUUAUUCCUGGUUCAAAAAUUGAAUUGAAAAUACAUGAAAAGGGACACGUAGAUGUCUUGAAUUGAGAUGAAUUCAAAAUAGUUCCAGAUAACUCAUUGGCAGAUAUUCAUCAUUUCUGGCAAUUCUAGAUAUUUCUAGGCCCCUUUCCAGGCAGCCUAAAUCGAGUUUUAAAUUGGUAAAAUCCUGUAAGUUGUGGACAUCUCCAACAAUACUUGCGAAGGGGAAGAAUUGGGUUCGCAUACCUGAUAAAAUAAUAUUUUCGACGACUGUUGAGCACAUGAGCCUGAGUGCAGAGGUGCAGGAUCCGAUUCCGGACUCCUGCCUUCCUGUUUGGCGUUUGCAUGUUCUCCCUGUGCCUACGUGGAUUUUCUCCGGGUACUUCGGUUUCCACCCACAUUCCAAACACAUGCGUGGCAGGUUGAUUGGAUGCUCUGAAUUGUCCCAAAGUGGGAUUGUGAGCGCAUUCGUCGCUCGUCUCUGUGUGCUCUGCGGUUGGCUGGCAACAAGUUGAGGGUUGACCUCGCCCGCUGCCCCAAGACGGCUGGGAUGGGCUCCAAGACGGCCGCGACCCUCGUGGGGAGAAGCACAUUAGAAAACGGGUGGAUGAAUGGAUUAAAAAAAUACUUGCAGCAUAAUAUCUACUGUAGCUUUCGGUGGGCGGAAGUCGGCGCUUCGCGUCAUCGAUGACGCAACUAGCCCGAAAUGAAAACCCCUCGACUCGCGUUCCGCGGAACAAGUCUUCACGAAUUCCGUCUGAACACCGUCGGGACUUUAAAAGAGUGAAGCGUCAUUCCUGAAACCUCCGUGUCUCGAUAAGGUCUUCUCGGUGAAGCUGAACCUUCUAUCUCGUUUGGCUUAUCCUCCGUCUUAGUUUAUCUUAGCCUGCUAGCCGCUAACAAAGAGACGCCUUUGUCAAGUCAGCGCUCAGCUUUGCAGAGAUCACGCCUGAGUGUCGAAUGUUGUGAUUAUGGUGGGAAAAUGUGGGCAAAGGGCGUGAAAGAAGAAGAGUACGAGGAGGAAUUUCGUGGAACCAAAGAGGCCAACGAGGGACGACGUCAAACACUGGACGCUGAUUUCAAGAAAGCUCCAGAUGAGCCACACAGAGCAGAUGUCAGUUUUGCCGACGCACCUCCUGAGCAGCUGGAGCCAGGGCACCCUCAUGUUAAAGAGGAAGAGGAGCGGGAGACUCACCACAUAAAAGAUGAAGAACAGGAGGCUGACGUUACCAACUUCCCAUUGAACGUCAUUGUGAAGAGUGAAAAUGAUCACGGAGAAGAAGAUGGUGAUGGAGACCACUGUGGAAGAUCACAAGCAGGCAGCCUCUUAGCUCCUCUUUCUGACGGUGACGACGUCACGUCACACUCUUCUGACACCGACACGGCCGAUGACGAGCGCUCCAAAGGUGAGAAGACAUGUCACGCCAACGACCAACGCUGGAAAUGUUCUCAGUGUGACAAAACAUUUGUCAACAAGUCAUCACUAAAGAGACACACAAGGAUACACACCGGGGAGAAACCUUUUGCCUGUUCACUUUGUGAGAGGAGAUUCUCGGUCAAGGAAAGUUUAACAAAUCACAUGAGAACGCACACUGGGGAGAGACCCUUUCCCUGCUCCGUUUGUCGUAAAAGAUUCAUUACAAAGGGAAGCUUAACAAAUCACACGAGAACACACACCGGAGAGAAACCCUUCGCCUGUUCGCUUUGCGACAAGAGAUUUUUCCGGAAAGGACAAUUUGAAACGCACUCAAGAACACACACUGGCGAAAAACCGUUUCCCUGCUCAGCCUGCAACUUAUCUUUCAGAGAUCGUACGGUGAUGGUUCAGCACAUGAAAACGCACACGGGCAACAAACCUUUUGCUUGUUUGCUUUGCGCUAAAAGGUUCUCCAGAAAGGAAGUGUUACAAAGACACACGCGAACACACACCGGAGAGAAACCUUGUGCCUGUUCGGUCUGCAGCUUAAACUUCAGUGACCGUUCAGCACUGAGUUAUCACAUGAGAAAGCACACAGGGACGACGGAAGUGUUUUUGUGCUCCGUUUGUGGCAAAACAUUCUCUCGGGGGGCCACUUUGACGACCCACGCGAGGACGCACGCUGGCGAGAAAGCCUUCAGUUGCAGCGCGUGUGCGAAACAAUUCCCCAGCCAGGAGCUGCUGACGAAACACAACUGUAGCGGUGGGAAGAGCGGCAGGAAAGGAAGCGUGACAUGAAUGGGAAAGAAGCGGACUCGUUUGGUGGCAUGCUCUCAAAGUGCCUCUGUGAUUCCCAAAUCAAGGUCCUCGAACUGCAAUAAGAGUUGAACCACAGUUUACUAUUAUAAAAGUAUUCCCAGACAGGCUUUGGUACAGCACUCGACAGGAGAUGUAUGGAAUACAGUAUUCUCAAGUUCAGACAAGUUCAGUCUAUACAGCCUUGAACAUGUAUACACACAACUUUAAAAGUGUUUAUUUUUUUUCCUUCCCCUUUGUGUAAAUGUGUCCCCAGUUGUGACAUUCACAACACUUUGUAGGCUAUUUCAUUUGAUUAUUGUGCUCAUUCAGUCAAAGUGUCCCCAGACAGGCUUUGUUUAAUUUACAGCACUUUAAUAAUGUAGACAAUAUACAGUAGGCGAGGUCUGUAGGCUCAAGUUCGGGCUAUUGGGUGUGCUUCACAAUUGUUAAAAGUGUUACAGUACAAAUCUCUGUUUGAUUUCCAGCACUUUUUAAUAGCCAAUAGGCUAUGCUCAGGUUCAGGCGACUUCAGUCUAU